GAGGAGAGCUUGAUGUACAUAGCAGUCAGAACUUGACAUCAGCAACAGAGACAUCCUUUUUGUGCAGACUGAAGUUCAUCACCAUGGCCAAGAUGAAUAAAGUCAACCAAAAGCCGUGCAAAACACCACCCUUUGAGAUAAACCAACCUGACAAGGAUGACGAUGACACCAACCCUGGCACUUGCAAAAUUGCAGUCCAGGAGAACAGCAAAGAUUUAAGAAAGGUGUUUAAUGAUCCCAUCCAUGGCCACAUUGAGUUACACCCAGUUCUUGUCAAAAUUAUAAACACCCCUGAGUUCCAGAGACUACGAAACAUCAAGCAACUUGGUGGGGUGUAUUUUGUUUAUCCAGGAGCAUCCCACAACCGCUUUGAACACUCAAUUGGGGUGGCACAUUUAGCAGGUGAGCUUGCAAAAGCUCUGAAGGUAAAGCAGUUGGAGCAGAUCAAGGCACUGGAGGAGUUGAAGAAGUUGGAGCAGAUCAAGGCACUGGAGGAGUUGAAGGGGUUGAAGGAGUUGGAGAAGUUGACGUCUGAGGAGUUGGAGAAGUUGACGUCUGAGGAGUUGGAGAAGUUGAAGGAGAGGUUAGAUGAGUUGAAUGAAUCACUCAUCAGUGAACAAGAUGUCCUCUGUGUGCAGAUUGCCGGUCUUUGUCAUGACCUAGGGCACGGGCCCUUUUCUCAUCUUUUUGAUCAGAUGUUUAUGCCUGAAGCAGACAAUGGGAAAUGGGAGCAUGAGGAUGCCUCUAUUAAUAUGCUUGAUCGCCUACUGGAACAAAAAAAUGGCCUGAAGAAAAUGAUGAAGGAGUAUGGACUGAAAAUAGAAGAAAAAAGUUAUCCUGACCGGGUGUUCAUUGAAGAACUGAUUAAAGGACGUCCGAAGAAGGAAUCAGAUCAGGAUGGAAAAUCUCAGGAGAAGGAACCAGAUCAGGAUGAAAAAUCUCAGGAAAAGAAACCAGAUCAGGAUGGAAAAUCUCAGGAGAAGGAACCAGAUCAGGAUGAAAAAUCUCAGGAAAAGAAACCAGAUCAGGAUGGAAAAUCUCAGGAGAAGGAACCAGAUCAGGAUGAAAAAUCUCAGGAAAAGAAACCAGAUCAGGAUGGAAAAUCUCAGGAGAAGGAACCAGAUCAGGAUGAAAAAUCUCAGGAAAAGAAACCAGAUCAGGAUGGAAAAUCUCAGGAGAAGGAACCAGAUCAGGAUGAAAAAUCUCAGGAAAAGAAACCAGAUCAGGAUGGAAAAUCUCAGGAGAAGGAACAAGAUCAGGAUGAAAAAUCUCAGGAAAAGAAACCAGAUCAGGAUGGAAAAUCUCAGGAGAAGGAACCAGAUCAGGAUGAAAAAUCUCAGGAAAAGAAACCAGAUCAGGAUGGAAAAUCUCAGGAGAAGGAACAAGAUGAGGAUACGUGGGAGUAUAAAGGUCGAAAAAAGGAAAAAUCCUUUCUCUAUGAAAUUGUGGCAAACAAGGAAACCGGGAUUGAUGUUGACAAGUUUGACUACUUUGCCAGGGAUUGCCACCACCUGGGCAUCCGGAACAACUUUGACCAUCAACGCUUCAUUAUGUUUGCCAGGGUGUGUGAUGUGGAGGAGGAGGAUGGGAGCAAAAAGAAAACAAAAAUUAAGCACAUUUGCUCUAGAGACAAGGAAGUGGCAAAUCUGUAUGACAUAUUCCAACAAAGGCACUCUAUCCACAGAAGAGCCUGCAAGCACAAGAUAGCGUUGGCUGUAGAAAUUAUGAUCAAAGAUGCCCUCGUGCUAGCAAAUGAGGUUCAAGAAAUGCAUAUUGAAACUUCAAAUGCUACGUUUUCUCUCUCUGAAGCCAAAGACAACAUGGAGGCAUACAUGAAGCUGACAGAUCAUGUGAUAGAAAAAAUACUCAACUCUACUUCAGAUAAGUUGGAGGAGGCAAGGAAGAUUCUAAAGAGGGUCAUGGAUCGAGACCUGUACUACUGUGUGGGUCAGGCCACGAAAAAAGACCAAUUGGACAUAUCAGAGGAGAAGAAGAAAAGUUUAAAAGAACUGUUCAAGGACGUUCCUGGGGUCGAUAAGAAUGAGUUUGUGAUUAUUCUCAAGGAAAAAUACAACAAGGAAGAAAAAAAGAAAAAAUGA